AUGGCCGACCCAGAAGUCAAGCUUUACAAGCUAGGGGACUUUUCCCUCGCCUCCGGCGUGGUGCUGCCGCAGGCCUUCAUCGCCUACAAGACAUUCGGGUCCCCCUCCAACCCAGCGAUAAUAUACCCAACAUGGUUCUCGGGCCUCAUAGCAGAUAACGAAUGGCUCAUCGGCCGUGACAAGGCACUCAACCCGGACAAGUACUUCAUCAUCAUCCCCGCGCUCCUGGGCAACGGCCAGUCGUCCUCCCCGACCAACAUGCCGCACCUGCCCCCGGACCUCAGGCCAUUCCCGGACGUCACCUUCCGCGACAACGUGACGGCGCAGCACCGGCUGGUGACGGACGGGCUGGGCGUGAGCCACGCCCGCAUGGUCCUCGGCUGGAGCAUGGGCGCGGGCCAGACGUACCAGUGGCUGACGCAGUUCCCCGGCUUCGUGGACCUGGGCGUCCCCUUCUGCGGCAGCGCCAAGACCAGCCUGCACAACCAGGUGUUCCUCGAGGGCGCCAAGACGGCGCUGCUGGCGGCGAAGGGGGCUGCGUCCGGCGGGAUCUGCGCCGGGGAGACGACGGGUGGCGGCGGUGGGUACAGGAACUGGACGGCUGGGGAGCGGGAGACGGGCCUGAAGGCCCUGGGGAGGGUGUAUGCUGGCUGGGGGUUCAGCCAGGCGUUUUACCGGGAGAGGGUCUACGAGGAACUUGGGUACAAGGAUUUGGAGGACUUCAUGGUCAGAUUCUGGGAGACAUGGGCGUUGUCUAAAGAUCCGGAGAACUUGCUUGUCAUGCUUCACACGUGGCAAGCUGGAGAUGCGUCAGCACAAGAACCCUAUAACGGCGAUUUUGAGCUGGCCAUGAAGGGUAUCAAGGCAAAGACUCUUGUCCUGCCCGGCAAGACCGACCUGUACUUUCCUCCUGAGGAUUCGGAGUAUGAAGUACAAUGCAUGAACGAAGGGGUUGGAAAGCUGAUUCCGUUUCCCUCGAUAUGGGGGCAUUGGGCUGGUGGGCCAGGGACGAGCAAGGUAGACUUAGAAUGGCUGGACGACAAGCUGAAGACCUUGCUGGCGGACGGGAGUUUCCCUGCAUAG